UGCCGCUCCGACAUUCCCAAACCAUCGCAACCGAACGCGCGGUAACGAAACGUUCACUUGGUAAGGUCACACCGUAUACGGCAUUCGACGGUACACACGAAAAAUUUUCAAAUUCCUAAUUUGGAACGCGUCCGUGAAAAAUUAUAAAAAUCCAGUGAAUUUGAAUUCUCGAUAUCGGUGUUUGAAGUGACAGUGUUGUGGACCUUUGAACGUUGUUCCGUAUUACCGCGAUGUACAUGGUGGCGUGACACCGGGUUGACGUGAAUCAAUCCGCGAGAUGUCUCAGCCGCCAGGGCGCGGUCGCGCGCGGCCCCCGGGUCCCGCCUCGCCCCUUAACUACCGUCCCCCUUCACCAUGGGCCCCCAGCCCGCCUCCACUCAUCUCAGGACCCCGGCACUCCACAGCUAUAGUAACACCACCGCCAGUCCAUCCAUCCCCCAGACCGUUUCGACCGUUACACUCCCCUCACAACCUACGGCAGCAUUCGCCAUCGCCCAGUUUUUCCAUCUCUCCUUACCCAAUGUCCCCGAUCUUGGGUCAGAGUCCGGAAUACUAUUACUCGUCUCCUUACGAACCGGUUCGGGAGUAUGAUUACGCGGGAGUGCCACUGGAGCCGCCUCCACCGCCGCGACCAAUGAUAUAUGAGGAGGACGAAGAGGAACGAGGUCCUUCUACAGCGGAGAUUAUAGCCCAGCAGUCGCAGGAGGGCUACGUGGACGAGAAACUAGCAGAGUAUCAGGCGACGAUUCAGUUAUUGCAAGAUGAACAGGAAAGAGUACAGAAGAAAACAUUUGUCAAUUGGAUCAACUCACAUUUAUCGAAGCGCAUACCACCACUGCGUAUCGAUGACCUCAUAUAUGACCUACGAGAUGGUACCAAAUUGUUGGCGCUGCUCGAAGUGCUGUCCGGGGAGAAACUGCCUAUGGAAAGAGGCCGCGUCCUCCGACGCCCGCACUUCUUGUCGAACGCGAACACUGCACUGCGCUUCUUAGCCGGCAAAAGGAUCAAGUUGGUGAACAUCAAUGCAGCCGACCUAGUGGAUGGACGGCCUGCGGUCGUUCUUGGUCUUAUCUGGACCAUCAUCCUCUACUUCCAGAUCGAGGAGAACAGCCGGGCUCUAGAGUACCUAGGAGGGUCUCGAUGUGCGUCAGUGAUGUCUCAUGAGUCGGGUGCGGCCACCCCGACUCAGCGAGCUGAAGAGAAGUGGAAGCAAGGCGCCAAGAAGACCCUGCUACAGUGGGUCGCCAACGCAUUACCGAAGGAUUCAAACAUCCAAGUAACAGACUUCGGUCCCUCAUGGCGCGAUGGUAUUGCGUUCCUCGCCAUCAUCGACGCCAUCAAGGCGAACCUUAUCAAUCUAGCAGAGAUGAAGAGGAAGACCAAUAGACAACGUUUAGAACAUGCGUUCGACGUCGCAGAAACCGCACUCGGCAUCGCCAGGCUACUGGACGCCGAAGAUGUGGAUGUCGACAAGCCUGAUGAAAGGUCUAUCAUGACAUACGUAGCCCAGUUCCUGCACAAAUAUCCUGAACCCAAGACGACAGGACCGGAUGCCGUAGCGGCAGUGCAAGAGGAGUACGAAUCUCUUAGAAUGUGGCUGACGGAGCGCGUCACCACAGUUCAAAGGCAAUACGACUCGCGAACACUCUCGCGACACUACGAAGAUUACGUGCGCGCUGAGAACGAACGGCUCGCGCGGGAACCCAUCUACCAGAAACUAGAGAAACUCAUGUACACGCAGAGCCUUGUAGCGAUCGCGCCAAAGUCGUGGCGCGAACUUGUCUCCCUCUGGAUAGAAUUAGAAAGACUGCACAGAAGAUGGCUGUGGCUCUUAGACGCAGAACUCCCCGGAGACUUUAGAAACGUCGGCGAAUGGUUAGCGAAGGCCGAGUACCUUUUAUACUUUGACGAAAUCCCCACUAGCUUAGACGAGAGGACCGCUGCUAUUAUUAGCGAGAAGUUAGAGGAACACAGCGGCUUCUUCGCUGGAUUACCUGAAGUUAUUGAAAGAUUCGAAGCGGCUUUAAGAUCACCUGACGCCGCAAGAAUACCCCGUGAAAGACUCCAAGACAUGAAGGAGCGACUCGAGACAGUGAGUCGAAGAGCUCCACAGAGAAAGGCUAGGUUAAAGUACUUGGAGCACAAAUGUUGUAUUGUAGCUUUCACAGAGCUGACUAAAGCCAAGCUUGCCGCGUGGACCGGCAAAUACGGUCGCAUCGACCACGUUCGUGCCUUAUUAGAAGAUUAUGAUAAUUUCGUGACUAAGAAUAAGAUUUUCCAGGAGUUUGAUAGAGCUUAUGUUGAUAUUAAGCAAGUAGCGGAAGAAUACAAGAGGGUGUGUGAAGUAGAUAGGACUGAAGCAAGGGAUAUUGAUACGUUCUUGAAAGAUGUCGCCGAGACGUGGAGACGCGUCGCGUCGGACGUGCGCUGCGCGAGGAGUGUCUUAGAGGAAGUCAUCGCUCACUGGGAGCGUUGGAACACUUUAGCUGAUGACUUUACAACUUGGCUAGACAAAGCACAACACAUGCUGAGAGUAUCAGAAGACGAGAGACUGGAGUUCUUCCACGACCUGACAGUUUGGAAGGAGAAGCACCAGCUGCUGGGUGAUGCGGCUGGAUUCCUGGCGGCGACCUCCUCAGAAGAGAUCAGCCAGGAAGUGAAGAGAAAGUAUGUAGAAAUCACUGAACGCUGGGAACGUGUUUGGGAGGAAGCUGAGAGGUAUGUAAACCUUUUUUAUUAAUUUAUAUUUAACUAUAAUAACGUUAACAGAUAUGUCAUUUAUCAAGAUCAAAAUAUUGAACUGUAAACAAAUGUGGUCAUAUACUCAUUUCUGAGAAUAUUUACAUAACUCUGAUAAAACAUUGCUUUAUCUAAUCCUUACAAAGAACUGAAUCUUACCAAUUCAUGAUAUUAUAUCAGUGUAU